UUGGUUUCCCGAUGGCGGCCACGAUGACAAUCCUGUCCUGGGGUCUGGUAGACUACGAGGAUGCCUACCAAAAGGCCGGGGAGUUGGAGAAUAUGCGCAAUGCUAUCAAAUGGGGAACCGACUACUUCUUGAAAUGUCAUACAAGCGAUAAUGAAUUCUACGGACAGGUAGGCGAAGGUAAUGAAGAUCACGCCGUGUGGGGUCGACCUGAGGACUGGCCUAAAACGGGGAAAGUUAGACCGGCUUAUAAGGUCACGACCGCAAAGGGAGGCAGCGAUUUAUUGGGCGAGACAUCGGCAGCACUGGCGGCGGCGUCCAUAGCCUUCGCGAAGUCUGAUCCGACAUAUUCCGCGACACUUCUAACUCACGCCAAGUCUUUGUAUACCUUUGCGGACAAACAUCGGUCCGUUUAUACGGCAGAGAUCACAGACGCAGCAAAUUUCUACAGGCCUUCCGGCUUUGGCGAUGAGUUGGCCUGGGCUGCCACGUGGCUGCUCAGGGCUACCAAUGAUAGCCAUUAUAAGGCAGAAGUGGACAAACACUUCAAUGAAUUUGGCAAACAAUUGAUGGGAAAGCCCACACAGUUUGGAUGGGACGAUAAGACCGCUGGAGUACAGGUGCUGUUGGCUGAGGUGACUGGCGAUCAGAAGUAUAAGACUUUGGCUAAAACUUUUUGCGAUUGGAUUGUCAAUACCGCUCCCAAAACACCAAAAGGUAUGGUGUACCUGGAUCAAUGGGGCACACUUAGACACGCCAGUAAUGUGGCAUUCGUUUGCCUCCAGGCGGCAAAAUUGGGCGUCAAUCCGGACGCCUACCGAAAGUUUGGUGAAAAGCAAAUCGGAUACGUAUUAGGCGAUACGGGCAGGAGUUUUGUGGUGGGCGUAGGGGUUAACCCACCCUCACACCCCCAUCACAGAGCGUCCUCGUGCCCGGAUGAGCCGAAAGUGUGCGACUACUCAGCCAUGUCUAACCCGGGUCCCAAUCCCCACGUGCUUACCGGUGCUAUGGUAGGCGGGCCCGACCAGCAUGAUGCCUACGUUGACAAACGGGACGAUUAUGUGCACAACGAGGUGGCCAUGGAUUAUAACGCCGGCUUUCAGAGCUCGUUGGCAGCCCUCCUACACCUCCAGACUAUUUAGAUUACGAUUAUUGUAAUGUUUACUCAAAGAGUUUUCACCUUGGAUUAAUUUUUAUUUUAUAUCAAGAUUUUUUGUAUUUAUUACAUCUAAUUGUUUUAUGUUUUUAUAAUUUAAUGAUGGAC